CCGGGCCGCCCCGCCCCCGCUGGCCCCUGCCCGGCAGUCCGGCGAGCGCAUCGGAGCGCGCAGGGAUGCGCGGGGUGGCGGUGACCCUCCGCCGCAAGGCUAGGCCCCGGGGGCGCAUGGGGGACGCCACGGCCGCCCCCGGGAACGGCACAGGCCUGUGUGUACAAGUGCAGCCACCCCCGCAGGGCACCUUCCAAGUGCUUCGUGGAGACGGCACUUCAGUGGGGACUGUCAUUGUGUUCCACUGCCCCUCAGGCCACCAGAUGGUGGGGUCAGGCCUCCUCACCUGUGCCUGGAAGGGGAGCGUCGCUCAGUGGUCUUCGGGAACCCCCAUGUGCAAGACUGUGCCGCCCUACGAGACCUUCGGCUUCAAGGUGGCCGUGAUCUCCUCCAUCGUCAGCUGCGCCAUCAUCCUGCUCAUGUCCGUGGGCUUCCUCACCUGCUGCCUCAUGAAAUGCGUGAAGAGGAGUAAGCAGCGGCAAUCCGACAGGGCAGCCCAGCUGUGGCUCCAGCUGAGAGGCGAGGACUUGGAGACUGUGCAGGCCGCCUACCUCGGCCUCAAGGGCCUCAACAGCAGUGGCGUCGGCGGGGAGCCCAGGAUCCAGCCCAUCCAGGCGCAUGACAACCACAGCUUCACCACAGACCUUGGCGAGGGCACCAGAGAGCUGGCCAGCAUGGCCCGAGGCAUGGACAAGGACCCCUGGGCACCCAGUGGCCCCACCAGCUCAUCCCACACCCAGGUGAUGGUGCAUACAGCGAUGCCAGGGCAGAGCCUGCCUGCCUCCAGGCCGACUGUGAGAAUGCUCAGACAGCCUGCAGCCUAUGUCCCAGGGUGACUAAGGCGGAGGCCAGCGCCCACCUUCCGCACUGGGAAGGCCGGGCCAACCCCACCAGCCGGCCGCCUGCAUCGCGACCUGUGUCCAGCUCAAGACUGGUCAGUGAAAUCAACUUCCAGGUUUAGGGAUCCCUCAGGGCAUUGAUCUGGGGACCCUCGCUGGGGUGUCCUGUCCCAGGGGAGCCCAGCUGUAGCAGUUUUUGUAGGUAGGCUUCCUUGAAACCACUGCUGAGGUUCACAGAACCAGCUGCAGCCUCCCUCAAGCCAGGCUCCCUUAAAAAGACUGGGGGACUUUUUAAGCAUAUCUAGUUUUGCAUAACAGAGUCGAAAGAUGGCAGCAGACUUCUCCACAACUGCAGCUGGCUGCCUUGUAUCUUCCCCCAUCGGACGUGCUGCCUGCCAGCAGGGAGCCAGCUGGGUGCUGCAUCCAUUAACUGUAAAGUUGCGGUAAGGGGUGUGAAAUAAACAUUCUUUGAAAAAUAGCAAAGGUAAAAA